UGUGAAUUCCGGCGUCGCUUUCGUUUCUCGAAACGUGCUGUACGUUGGUUGUGCGACGAACUCAACCCCGUCAUCGGGUGCCAACGAACCAGUGGGAUUUCAACAGAGCGGAAGGUGUUGUGCGCGCUGAGAUUUUUUUGCGAUCGGAUGCUUCCAGCGAGCUGUCGGCAGCGAGGAAUUCAUCGGCCUGUCGCAGUCGUCCGUCAGGAACACGCCAUUACUGUUGUCGCGGGCAAAAACGGUGGGUGGCCUUUUCCGGAGACCACAGACUCGAAGAGCGAACAAAGGCGGCGUUCGCGCGGCUCGAGCGGAUUCCCGUUGUGGUCGGGUGCGUGGAUGGUACGCUCAUCGCCAUCCAGAAGCCCCAUGGCCUGAGCUCCGCGGACACGACGCAUUACAUGUCGCGGAAGGGAUUCUACGCAUUCAACACCAUGAUCACAUGUGAUGCCGACCUGUGGAUUCUGGAUGUCAGUCCAUGUUUCCUGGGGUCAUGUCAUGACUCAUGGGUAUGGUGGGGGAGCCCUCUCCGUCAGCACCUGGAAGCAAAACUGCGGCUUGCUUGGAGACUCCAGCUAUCCAUUAGAACCGUGCCUCCUGACACCAGUGCCCGGACGACCAGCUCCUGGCACCCCUGAGAACUACUACAACAAGGCCCACACCGCCAUGCGCACUGUUGUGGAGAGGUGCAGCGGGGUCCUAAAGAGCAGGUUCCAAAGCUUACAGCGUUAUCGGACCUUGCUCUACAAUCCCGAUCGAGCAGCCACCAUCAUUGCUGCUUGUGCAGCUCUGCACGAUAUCGCGUUGGCGGCACAUGAGCCUGUUCUCGAAGGGCAUGAUGACGACACCGACGAUGCUGAGCUGCUGCCAGCAGCAGCUGACCUACCACCACCACCACAACGGGAGCCAGCAGCAGCGCAACCGCGUAGUGAACCUGUUUCGAGGACCACAGGGCCUGCAUGCCGAGCACCUGCGCAGAGUACGCCGCCGCCUGCAACGACCUCGGCAGCAUUGUGUGGUGGCUUCCGCUGCAAUGAGGGCCCGGGCGAGGGUACCAACGCCUUGCAGUUCGUGGACCACGUCACCGAGAAGUUGAACCUGGCAUAG